AUGGGUGCUUCCUCCACCCUUCUCCCUCUAUUUUUCCCUGCUCUCCUUGCAGACCUUUUACUUUCGUUUCCUUUCGGUUCUCUCUGGCUUCGUUCUGUUUUCUUCCUGUUGUCUUUCUGUUUUCCUAGCAGCUGGCGGGGAGCGGUUCAGUACCGCCUCCCGUCCUGUCCAGCCGCCGGGACCACGGAGAACGACUCCGACGGUCCCACGUGGGUAUAUUGCGCGCCGCUCUCACAGCGCAUGGGAACUGCCCCUCCACCUGUCUCCCUCCCAUGCUCCCUGUACCGCGGGAAGGCAGUUAUCUCUUGCGACCGCGGGUGGCGUGGGAGGGAUGACCGGCCACGUGGAAGUGACGGCUCCCGACCUCGUUUGGCCUCCCCACACCGCAGGACCCUCGGUCCGGGCGCCGGUGGGGAGGCAGGUUGUAAGAGUUUGCCUUUUGGAAAUUCUAAUGUCACUACUAUAAAUACAUUUCUGGAGUGUUAG